AUGUCUGGACCAGGCGGUCACGAUUACACGGACCGGGCUCUACAGGCUAUUAAAAAUGCUAUUGAGCUCGCCGAACAAUACUCACAUGUCGAGAUCCGUCCGGUGAACUUGGCUGUAUCUCUUCUAACCCCUCCUCCGGAUAACAGCAAACCAGGUGUCACCGAUGCUGUUCCUCAGGGACCUUCCCUCUUCCGCCAGGCCGUCGAACGCGCCAACGGUGACUUCCAAACUUUGGAUCGAGAACUGAAGAAGGCUCUCGUCCGUCAGCCUUCUCAGGAUCCACCACCGGAAAACGCCUCGUUCUCUCCAACCAUGUCCAAGGUCUUACGGAAGGCACAUGACCUGCAGAAGCUCCAAAAAGACAAAUUCAUCGGCGUCGACCAUUUAAUUAUGGGAGUCGUUGAGGACCCAAACAUCCAGUCUGCCUUGAAAAUAGCGAAUGUUCCAAACACCAAGGUUCUCCUGGACGCUAUUACUGCCAUUCGAGGUGACAGACGAAUGGACAGUAAAACUGCAGAUGCAGAGUCUCCGAAUGAGGCUCUCUCAAAAUUCACGAUUGAUAUGACGACCCAGGCGAGAGACGGAAAGCUCGACCCCGUCAUCGGACGAGAAGAAGAAGUCCGCAGAGUCAUCAGAAUUCUAUCGAGAAGAACAAAGAACAACCCAGUUUUGAUCGGUGAGCCCGGUGUCGGUAAGACGAGUGUUGCAGAGGGGUUGGCCCAGCGAAUUGUUGCCUCCGAUGUUCCUGCAAACCUCGCCCAAUGCAAGCUUCUAUCACUCGAUGUUGGUGCAUUAGUAGCUGGCAGCAAGUACCGUGGAGAGUUUGAAGAGAGAAUGAAAUCCGUCUUGAAGGAAAUCGAAGAAAGCAAAGAGAUGAUAGUACUCUUCAUCGAUGAGAUCCAUCUUCUAAUGGGAGCUGGAGCCAGCGGUGAAGGUGGUAUGGAUGCGGCCAACUUGCUAAAGCCAAUGUUGGCCCGUGGCAAGUUGCACUGUAUUGGUGCUACCACUCUUGCCGAAUACCGAAAGUACAUUGAGAAGGAUGCGGCCUUUGAACGUCGUUUCCAGCAAGUAAUCGUCAAAGAACCAUCGCUACCGGAGACCAUCUCGAUUUUGAGAGGUUUGAAGGAACGAUACGAGGUUCACCAUGGAACAACCAUCCUCGAUUCCGCUCUCGUCACAGCUGCGACUUUGGCACAGCGUUAUCUUACUUCGCGCAAACUACCUGAUUCGGCCAUUGACCUUAUGGAUGAAGCUUGUUCCGCUGUCAGAGUCGCCCGUGAAUCUCAACCCGAAGCUCUUGAUCACCUUGAGCGCAAACUCCGCCAAAUCGAAAUCGAAAUACACGCCCUUGAACGAGAGAAGGAUGCUGCUUCCAAAGAGCGUCUCGAAGUCGCUCGCAAGGAAGCGGCAAAUGUCCAAGAGGAAUUACGCCCUGUCCGUGAAAAAUACGAGUCUGAGAUGCGCCGAAGUAAUGAGCUUCAAGAUCUCAAGAAACGCCUCGAAGAAAAACGACAUAGAAGGGAAGCCCUCGAGCGAGAAAGAAGAUUCUCCGAGGUUUACGACCUUGACAAGCAUGUCAUCCCUGAACUCGAAGACCGGAUCCAGCUCCUCGAGCGCCAGAAGAUGCAAGCUGAAGUCGAUCAACUCACCAACCCUUCCGAAAACGAAUCCCCUCUUGUUACCGACGUUGUAGGACCAGACCAAAUCAACGAGAUUGUUGCUAAGUGGACAGGAAUUCCUGUUACUCGUCUCAAGACCACAGAAAAGGAGAAGCUUCUCAACAUGGAGAAGUACCUCGGCAAAACUGUUGUAGGGCAGAAAGAAGCUGUCAAGGUAGUUUCUAACGCCAUUCGUCUGUCGCGAUCUGGCCUGAACAACCCCAACCAACCAAUUGCCAGCUUCCUGUUCUGUGGUCCAUCUGGCACUGGUAAGACACUUCUUACCAAGUGUCUUGCCGAGUUUCUGUUCGACGACCCGAAGAGUAUGAUCCGCUUCGAUAUGUCUGAGUACAUGGAAAAGCACUCUGUGGCUCGAUUGAUCGGUGCGCCACCCGGUUAUGUCGGCCAUGACUCUGGUGGUCAGCUCACUGAAGCACUCCGUCGAAAACCGUUCUCAAUCCUUCUUUUCGACGAAGUCGAGAAAGCCGCUAAGGAGGUCCUUACGGUUCUCCUCCAGCUCCUCGAUGAAGGCCGUAUUACAGACUCCCAGGGCCGUAUUGUCGACGGCAAAAAUACUGUCAUCAUCUUGACAUCCAACUUGGGUGCUGAAUACCUUACUUCCAAACGGUCUGGUAGCGGGAAAAUCGACCCCGAAACCCGGUCGCUAGUCAUGGAAGCGAUUCGUCGGCACUUCUUGCCAGAGUUUAUCAACCGUCUCAGUUCAAUUGUCAUCUUCAACCAGCUUGAUCGCAGUGGCAUCAGGCGAAUUGUGGAUCUGAGACUAAAUGAAAUCCAGAAACGACUUCUCGACAAUCACAAGAAUAUUCGGAUAGUGGUAAACGAUCAGGCAAAGGAUUAUCUAGCUCAAGCUGGGUUUUCACAAGCCUAUGGUGCCAGAGUCAUGCAAAGAGUUAUCGAGAAAGAAGUUUUGAAUCCCCUUGCAGUGUUGAUACUAAAGGGAGCAAUCAGGGAUGGUGAGGAGGCACAUGUUCUAUUGAAUUCUGACCACGGGAGAGAAAAAGUCAUUGUUGUACCAAAUCAUGACAGUGAUAUGGAAGAAGAUGUAGAUAUGGAGAUGAGCGAUCCUGAUGAUGGUGAUAUUGAGGAGGACGAUGGUCUCUACGAUUAA